CCCGCCAUGGCCCGGGGGGCUGGCGAGGCGGCCACGGAGGGGGAGCUGGGAGAUGACAGCCUGUCUGUGAUAACCUGUGAAUCAGAUACAGAAAUGAAGUUAAAGAAGAAAAUUUUUCACAAGCCUCCAAAGUCACCAAAGUCUCCAUACAGCUCUAGCACACAACUGUAUCCUAAAAAAGCUGCAGUUUGGCGAUCUCUGCAGGGAACAGGCAGUGCACGUCUGGAGAGUGCAGCUGUAAAAAACCCAAAGCAGAUGUGGCUGGGAUCACUGAAACAAGGAAUGAGCCAUCCUCUGAAAUCAGAUGUUGACAUGGGGCAUAUGCGAACUAACAUUUCUAGUAGCACUCCAGAAUAUUUGAAGGAAGCUCUAGGAAUGAAGAAGCCAAAACAUUCUCGUUCUUCUAGUAAUGGCUACAUUCCUGGAACUCCUGACUACAAAGAAAAAGAAGAUAUGUAUGAUGAAAUUAUAGAACUGAAAAAGACAAUACAAGCUCAGAAAAAUGAGGGAGAUAGAAUGAAAACUAAGCUCCGUCGACUAGAAGAAGAGAACAAUAGAAAGGAUAAACAGAUUGAACAACUGUUGGAUGCUUCCAGGGGCUCUGAGCUGGCACGAACUUUGUCAGAAAAGAAAACUAAUAAUGGAUGGGUGGUUAGUGGAUUAAAGCAGAAGAUUCUCAAGCUAGAACAACAGUGCAAGGAGAAAGACAACACUAAUAACAAAUUCCAGGCAGACAUGAAGACCACUAAUUUGGAAGAAAUGAGGAUAGCUAUGGAAACCUACUAUGAAGAGGUUCAUCGUCUCCAGCUCCUCCUGGCAAAAUCUGAGACUAUGAGGAAAAAUACAGAGGGCAGAGAUACCCAGAAACGACUAAAGGCACUGAAUGCUGCUGUCCUGAGAUUAUCCAGGAACAUCAAGGAAUUGCAGAAUGAGAAUCGGAGGCUGAAAGAAGAUCUAGAUCAUGUACUGAGCAGUUCUCCUCCUUCCACUAAAACAAAAAAUUAUAGUGAGUGGAGCAGACAGAGGCUGGUGAGGCGGAUUUCAGAACUAGAAAAAAAAGUAUGUGCCAUGGAGAACACCAGGCUGUCAUCGGCAGAUAGUGAGUCAUCACAGUUACUUGCUGUGUCAUCUUCGCCUUCUGUAGACCUGGAUCCUCCAGCCUCUCAACAGGUAGACCAUGUUGAGGAAUUUUGUCGCCUCCAAGGGCUAGUGAAGAAACUGAAGAGUGAUAGGAAGGCACUUCAAAAUCUCCUCCUCAAUAAAGAAUUAGAUAUCAAGCAGUUACUGCAGGCUAAGGCUGAAGUGGAGCUGGAGCUGCAGAAGUGGCAGAAUAAGAUGGAAGAAAAGAGUACAGAAGAGCAGACUUUAAGUGAGGAAAUCCACAACCUGACACAGAACGUAGGGAAACUGGAGUCAAAAUUGGAGGAAGAGAAGAGACAAGUGGCAGAAGAUACAAUGGAAAAGCUUAAUAAGUCUUCAGCAGUCUGCAUAGUUAAAGGCAAAGAAGAUCACAGGAAGGAACAAGCAGCCAAAGUCAUCCAGAGACAGUGGAAGAUGUACCGAAACAAGAAAGAAGAAAUUGCUCUGGAUGAGGCAGUUGUUAUGCUUCAGGCAGCUUUCAGAGGACAUUUGGCUCGACAGAAACUGUUACUGAAUAACAGGAUGCAUGAUGCAAAAUCUCACAACAAGAACUCCUGUGUGUCUUCCAUGUCAAACUCCUUGAGCUUGUCUUCUGAUUGCAAGGAGAAAGAUGAGAUUGUGACAUUCAUCCAGUCCAUUUUCAGGGCUCACUUAGCACGUACGGUACUGCUUGAGGAGAGGCCCUCUGUGUCCAGUGCGCCAAGUGAGAAAGCAGAUUCUGCAGUUUACAUUACAGAGAAGAAACCGGUCUCAGCAGCACUCCAGAGACCUCCUUCAAUCUUCGUGUCGUCUCUUCCUGCCAGGUCCUCCGAGAAGCAAUCGCAGCCUACUCUCCCUCUGUCUGUGGAUGAAGCUCACUCAGACGAUUCAGAUGAUAUUGUCAUUGUCUCUCCGUUGUUGCAGAUGAAGAAAAACUACACCCACUUUUAAGUUUUGGUAACAGGCUCUGGUGAUCUUGAAUUAUGCGAUUCACAAAACUACUUCUACCAAGAUAAAGCAUAUCAAAGAUGGAAAAGGGGAGGUAUCAGCCCCUUUUUAAUGACAGUUGUCACUAUUUCAGCCAUAAAUGAGUAAUUGUUUGAUAUGUCAUCUCUGCAGACUUUAUGGCUAAAAGCCACUGACUGACUGUUAACCUUAUCCUCCUGGUAGGCAGAGAGAGUUUGGGUUUAAAAACUAAAACAAAACACUUUAAUAUUUUGUCUCACAAUGAGGAUUGUAAAUUCAAUUGCCAAAUUUAAAUGAAAGCAAUAAAGCCUUAAGCUAUUUCAUGUCAACCAAAAUUUUGUUGCAGGUCGACUAAAAUAAUUCGCUUAAUUGGAAAAUGGUUAAUGAUGUGGCUCCAAUUUCCAGCCUGUGUACGUGAAGGGGAACAGCUUGUAUUUGUUACCAAGUCCUCUCUGUUUAAAAAUUUUACUGUGUCAUAUUUUAGUAUCUUUUUUUGUUUAUUUUUAUAUUGAACAUUUACAGUCUGUGCAGACCUUGUAAAGGCUUUUAAAAAGCCAUUUCUUUAUCAUAGGGCUAUUCUAGGCCUACUGUAUCAGCAGGGUUUUCUGAUUUAUUGCUUUUUCCAAGUGUGCUUGCUAUGAUAUGUAUAGUACUACUUUGUAUUUGAAAUGUCCGAUCACGUAAUCAAUUUUUUGUAUUUGUCAGAGAAGGUGCGUAAUAGCAGGAGUGUUCUGUGAAGGAUACCCUUGUGACUGCUUUUUCUGCUUAUGUGUCACGAAUAUGAGUGGAUUAUGCAGGAUCAUCUCUAAUGUGUGAAAACAUUUGAUGUAGGAGAUAUGUUGCUUUAUGUCCUGUUUUAGCUUACGUCACUUGACUGUCUGAAACUUUCACCUAACUAGAUUGCUCGUACACUGAGCGCUAAGGGGUUUUAAGUCUAAUGUUGCUUUGCUGUUGUUGAUCUCUCUUCUCGGUACUACUUUGCAUGUGCACACAUUAUAUAUGUGUGUGUGUGUGUAUAUAUAUAUUGUGAGUGCACAGUAAGUCCAGUCAGAGGCUGGGAGAGGGAUCACAAUAUACAGCCGUCUUCUGUCAUCAGGUAAAGCUACGAGGCUGACUGCUGGAAAGCGUGGGCACUCCCAGCUCUGUUCUGAGGGAUAUGGAUUGGAAUGAGCAUGAUGUACAAAUGCAGUUGGUUUAGGAACAGAAGCGGUAGGUUGGAUUAUAGUAGAAAUUAAGACUACAUCCAGAAACAACACUAUUUGACAAUAUUGUUGUCCAUGGAAGGACCAAAGACAUAAUGGGCUGUGGAGAAUAUGGUCAGAGGGGUCUUUCCAGAUCUUUUAUGCAGACUGUACCCCUUCUUGACUGGACGGAGGACCUUAUAGUUCCUACUAUCAUGCUAACAUCCUUCAUAGGCGUUGCAAUGUGUGUGGGGUUUUUUUAAGGUGAACUAGAUAAAUUAUAUGAUAUUUACUGGAAGGAGAAUUUAAUUUUACAAACACACAGUGAAGUUUUUGUGGAGACCCUAAUGCUUUCUUUGUCAUCAAGGAGUAAUAAAGACUCCUGUAAACAGAAAGCACACUUUUAAAUAUGAGAUUUUUAUCACCUUUUCCCUCUUCUUUUUUAAAUUAAAAAUCAGUUGCCACUGUUUCACAGAAUACUAAUAAGUCAGAGCUGUCUCGGUUCUUUGAUUUCAAUGAAGCACUAUCUGAGGCUUAUCAUAGUUCAUGCCAGUACUUGCAGCCAAAGAGGAAACUGGAUGGCUGCAGCACAAUGCAGCUGAUUUCAUUUAAUCCCAUCAGUGGAAGUGCUGCCUGUGCUAUUUCCAAAGGCAGUUUUGGGAGCUCUCCAUACCCAAAGCAGUCUGAAGAAUGUCAUUUACACUCCCAUUGGGUAAAUUUUUCCUGCUGGUACUUUGGUCACAUGACUGUCAUCUGCAGAAAGGAUAAAAAAAGUAUAUAAAAUAAAAGAAUAAAAGGGAUAGAAUCCUCUUGGCAGAAGCUGAGACCUAUUUCCCUCUUUUUCUGGAAGUCAUGUUAUGAAAGAGUCAUUUUGCUAAACAGAAACAGAGCUAUAUUGAGUUGCUUAUGUAUAAUAUUUCAAGCCUGUAACUGUGACUCUGUCAUGGAUACCUCCAGAGAGAGUAACUAGAGCCGAGGACUGACACAUUAAGAGGAGAGCAUGUAGUGUGUCAGGACCAAGACUGAUAUAAAAUACCUACCUAGCUGUUAUCCUGUAGGGAAAUACUUGGACAGCAAAUAGAAUGAAGAUGACAUUCUUUUACUUUACUGUGCUGUAAUAACCAAUAUGAAAGUAUUAGGAAUUAGAUACAGAGCAGAAAGACUCGCAUUUUCACUGAGCGUAUGACUAGCAGUAGUGCUGUCAAUAGACAAGCUCUGGGAUAAAGGGGAGAUAGUAUCUUGAUAGGACCCAAAGGCACAGACCGAAAUCUGGGUGAAAAGAAGCAAACGUUUUCUGGGAUGAAUGAAAAUGUGUCUAGAGCUUCCUAAAUUUGAGUCUGCUAUCUCUUAGCUAUCAAAAAUCUGAUACUUAACUUGAGCCAAGCUUCAAACUCAUAUCUUUGUUUGAAAGAUAACUAUAUGCUCACUGCACAUCAAGAGUUUGGUGUGGUACAGUAGAAAGAGGCUACCAAUACUGUGGAGGUUUCUUUAAUGUUGUUUUGUUUUAUACUGUAAUGGAAUGUGUUGAAAGGAGUAGUAAUUGACACUAGGUUUCAUUCUGUGGUUAUCUAUCUGAAUGCCAGCAGCUGUAAAUUUGGGAAGAAGUGUGGAACAAUGAAGGAAGAAAAAGUUAAUUUUGGAAUAAAUGGCAUUUUUCCUUAACGGGGAGCUGAGGACAGUAAAAAUCGGUGUGGCUCAAACCUGUAAAGAUAGGCCCAAUACAAACAUACUCAGUUUCUGCAAAAUACGUCUUGUGUAGAAAGCACUGGUAACCUUGUGGGGGCAUCAAGGUCUUGAAUUAAAAUUAAACUCCACUGUAACCUAUGUAAUCUAACAGCACGCUUUCCAUUCUACUGAUACGGGAUAAUUUUGCCUACUUAAAACCUUUUGCAAUUUACAGUAGUGUUUAGUUAGAGAUCGUGUGUGAAUAUAGAGAUCUGACUUUCAUGGGAUGUGAUCUCCGUGGAUCUCUUUUUGCCCUUAAGUGCCUAUGCCUGUAAAUCUUCACUGAGGCAUCAAGACCUGAAAACUGUAUUGUUUUCUGCAUAGCUAUAAAAGUAAUCCCUGCACAGGCAACUUUUAAUAUAGCCGAAAUGGAAAAGGAUUAAUCUUGGCAUAUGAGCACUAUUAAUUUUUAUGAUCUUUUUAAUAUCUAGAACUGUGCAAGUCUUUUAUGUAAUUUAUUUUGGGAUCUUUUAAAAGCUAAAACAAUUGCAAUGUAUUUUCUCCUAAUUGUUGAACUCUCAAAUAAAGUUAAAGUUUGUA